AUGGCCAACGUCGACAUUCAUCCCAGCUCCAACCCUUCUUAUGAGAAGCACUCUCCCGAGAAUGCUCAUGAUCCAGAGGGAGAAUUGUCCAACCGAAAUAUGUCGGUGGGCAAAUAUGCAGUCACCAGAAUAUCGACCUUGAAACCACCAAUGGCCAAAGCGCCGAAUCCCUUCGCCCUACUGGCCAUGUUAAACACACAGCAGUGGCUUUUUUUUCUGGUCGCAUUCUUCGCCUGGUCGUGGGAUGCCUUCGACUUCUUUACCGUGUCUCUCACAGUCACUGAUCUGGCCGAAGAUUUCGGGAAGACCAAUACCGAUAUCACCUGGGGUAUCACCUUGGUGCUGAUGUUUCGUUCCGUUGGCUCAACUAUCUUUGGCAUUGCUGCUGAUCGAUAUGGACGGAAAUGGCCGUUUAUUGUCAACAAUCUCCUCUUUAUUGUCCUUGAAUUGGGCACUGGCUUCUGCCAGACAUACAAGCAAUUCCUGGCUGUGCGCGCCCUAUUCGGUGUUGCAAUGGGUGGUCUCUACGGGAAUGCUGCUGCCACGGCGUUGGAAGACUGUCCCGAAGCCGCUCGUGGUAUCAUCUCCGGAAUGCUACAACAGGGAUACGCAUUCGGCUAUCUUCUCGCAACAGCCUUCGCGCGUGGACUUGUAAAUACGACUUCUCACGGCUGGAGGCCUUUAUUCUGGUUCGGUGCAGGUCCGCCCGUCCUCAUUAUCAUUUUCCGUCUUUGCCUUCCCGAGACAAAUACUUUCCGUGCUCGUCAGGCUCUGCGCCAGCAGCAAGGAAGUCUUGCUGGUACUUUUAUUUCGGAAGGUCGCGUUGCGCUCAAGCGCCACUGGCUUCUUCUGAUCUACAUGGUGUUUCUCAUGGCCGGCUUCAACUUCAUGUCGCAUGGCUCGCAAGAUCUGUAUCCAACAAUGCUGACCAACCAAUUCAAAUUCUCCCCCAACGCGGUUACAGUCACCCAGGUCGUUGCCAAUUUGGGAGCUAUGACGGGAGGAACCACGGUCGGAUACUGCUCACAGAUCUUUGGCCGACGCUUCAGCAUCAUUUUCAUCUGCAUAAUCGGUGGCGCACUCCUCUACCCAUACACGUUCACCAGCUCCAAGGCCGUCAUUGCAGCUGCCUUCUUCGAACAGUUCUGCGUGCAGGGCGCAUGGGGUGUAAUUCCGAUCCACCUCAUGGAGCUGUCACCCGGCUCUCUCCGUACAUUCGUGGUCGGUACUUCAUACCAGCUGGGUAACCUGGCCUCGUCGGCAUCCUCGACCAUCGAAGCCCAGCUAGGUGAGAACUACCCGCUCGAGCCGCUGCACAAGAACGGCAAGACGAUCAAGCGCUACGACUACGGCAAGGUGAUUUGUAUCUUCAUGGGCGCCGUCUAUGCGUACGUCAUCUUGCUCACGUUCGUUGGUCCCGAGAAGAGAGGCCGCAGCUUGAAUGUUGAGCACGAUGCCGACAUGGCCGAGGUCACCCACCGAGAUCUGAGGCAUCAACAAGCGGAUGAUGUCCAUCACGGCCAGCUUGACAGCAGCGAGGACGAGAAGGUCGUCAGGAAAGAGGAAGAGCGUGUCUAA